AUGUCUUACGCAGAAACUUUAAAGACCCAAAGUGAGUCUCUUUUAUCUUCAGCCCAACAAGGAAUCGACAAGGCUCGUGAGUAUGCAGAUUAUGAAAAAGCUUCCGGAUUUUUGUUUCCACAUCCAUUAGGAAAAGUUGGACCACUUCCUUUAAGAAGAGUGGUUACAAUUAUUUCAUCAAUUACUUUGGCUUUCUCAAUUUUCCAGAUCUUCACUGCAAUGAGUUUCCCAGGGCUUGUUGUGGCAAUUGCAAGAUUCGGAGUUGGGGUUGUUGGUCUCAUUGCAGCUUAUCAGAAACAAGAAUCAACAUCUAAGAUUUUUGCUUAUGCUCAAGCUUUAUUAUUAACUAUCAGUUCAUUGUUGCUUGUUUCGGCAAUAUUCUUUGCAGUCAUCAGAAUCGGGUUCUCAGUAUUUUCAUUUGUAGUUUUAAUUAUUUCCAUCGUUACUGUUGGAUUCGACUACUUUGCUGCUUGGGUUGCAAGUUCUUACUAUGAAGCUUUGAGAAGAGGUGUAAGUGUUGAAUCACAAGCAUAA